UUGUUCUCUCUACCUAAAUUCCUUUACUUCUUUUUCUUCCCACCCCUAAAUUCUCCCUUCAUUUAUUCUCUUACCCUCUCCUUUUCUGUACUUAUACUUCUCUCUAUCCUGUUUUUUAUUAUCUUUUUAAACAUUAUUUUUUCUUUUUUUUUUUUCCGAUCCUUCAUGUUUUUGAUCUCUGUCAUUCCUUCGGCUUUUUAUUUCUUUCUUUAUUUUCUCGUCUUUCAUUCACUCUUUAUCUUAUGUUUCAUCCUUUUUCUUUUCUUUCUCAUUUUCCAUUUUUCUUUUUUCUUUUCUUACAUUCUUUUUUUAUUGCCAAAUCUCGCUCUAUGCGUGUCUUUCAUUUCUGUUUAUCUUGUUUUUCAUUCACUCUCUUUGUUUUUCAUGUUCGCUCUUUUCUUCUCUUUCAGCCUGAUCUUUCAUUCUCUUUUCUUGUCUCAGCCUGAUCUUUCAUUCUCUUUUUUUUCUUCUCUUUUCAGCCUGAUCUUUCAUUCUUUUUUUCUUCCUGAUCUUUCAUUUUCAUUCUCUUUCAGCCUGAUUUUCAUUUCUCUUUUCAGCCUGAUCUUUCAUUCUCUUUUCUUCCUGAUCUUUCAUUCUCUUUUCUUUCUCUUUCAGCCUGAUCUUUUCAUUCUCUUUUUUCUUGUCUCUUUCAGCCUGAUCUUUCAUUCUCUUUUCUUCCUGAUCUUUCAUUCUCUUUUCUUGUCUCAGCCUGAUCUUUCAUUCUCUUUUCUUCUCUUUCAGCCUGAUCUUUCAUUCUUUUUUUCUUCUCUUUCAGCCUUUGAUCUUUCAUUCUCUCUUUUCUUGUCUCAGCCUGAUCUUUUCAUUCUCUUUUCUUUUCUUUUCAGCCUGAUCUUUCAUUCUCUUUUCUUGUCUCAGCCUGAUCUUUCAUUCUCUUUUCUUCUCUUUCAGCCUGAUCUUUCAUUCUCUUUUCUUCCUGAUCUUUCAUUCUCUUUUCUUCUCUUUCAGCCUGAUCUUUCAUUCUCUUUUCUUCUCUUUCAGCCUGAUCUUUCAUUCUCUUUUCUUCCUGAUCUUUCAUUCUCUUUUCUUCUCUUUCAGCCUGAUCUUUUUCAUUCUCUUUUCUUCCUGAUCUUUCAUUCUCUUUUCUUCUCUUUCAGCCUGAUCUUUCAUUCUCUUUUCUUGUCUCAGCCUGAUCUUUCAUUCUCUUUCUUUCUUUCUCAUCUUUCAUCCUUUCUCUUUUUUGUCUUUCAUUUUCCCUUUUUCAUGUUUUCUCAGUCUCGACCUCUCUCUUUUCUUGCUUUUUAUUCUCAAUCUUUUCUUGCCUUUCGUUCAUUCCUUCCUUCGCUUUCCUGUCUGUGUUUCUUUCUCUUUCUCUGUCUUUCCUUGCUACCUUCUCUUUUAUCUUUCCUUCUGUAUCUUUCUUCCUUUUUACAUGUUUUUCAUUCUCUUUCUUUACUUGUCUUUCUUUCCUACUUUCUGUUUUAUUCUUUCUCGUCCCAUGUCUUUUAUUCUUUCUCUUUUCCUACCUUUCCUUCCUUCCUUCACUUUUAUCUUUCCUACUCUUUUCUUGUCUGUUUUUCUUUCUCUUUCCCUGUUUUUCAUUCUUUCUCUUUCCCCGUUUUAAUUCAUUCUUUUUGCUUGUCUUUCCUUUCUUCCUUCUUUCCUUCCUUCUCUUUUCUUGCCUAUUUUCUUCUCUUUCAUUCUCUCUCCAUCACUUCUCUUGUUCCUUCUUUCUUCUCUUUCUUUUUGUCGUUCAUUAUUUUUCUCUUAUCGUUCAUUCUUUCUCGCCCUCCUUGUUUUUCACUCUCUCACAUUUCUUUAUUGUCUUUCUCUCUUUUUAUUGUUAUUGUUUAUCUCUCUCUUUUCUUGUCUCCCAUUCUCUCUCUCUCUCUCUCUCUCUCAUCCUUUGUUUUUCUAAUGAUAUUGCUAUGCGUAGCUUUAAGUGUACAAACGGACACUUUGGUCGGCUCCAGUCUGGUCGGCUCCAGUCUGCUUGAGCCGAAAAUCGCUGCACCUUAUACACUGAACGAUUCGUGUCGGAUAUAUAUAUAUAUAUUCAUAUCUAUCUAUCUAUCUAUCUAUCUCUAUUCAGAUAUAUAUAUAUAUUCAUAUCUAUCUAUCUAUCUAUCUAUCUAUCUAUCUAUCUAUCUAUUCGGAUUGAAGAAACGCGUCGGCAAUGACAAACAUAUAUUUUCCAAUUUUCUUCUUUUUAAUCUAUCUAUCUAUCUAUCUAUCUAUCUAUCUAUCUAUCCUUAUAAACAGCGACUCUUACCUCUUACUCUUUCUGCACACACAAUAACUUCUUCCAUCUCUCUCCCCCCCAUCUCUCUCUUUCUAACUAGUUGUUAUAAAUUCGUUUUUUUUACUUACCUCAGUGAGGCCCUCUUUUUUUCCAUCCCUCUCUCUAUCUCGUUUUUAGCUGUUGUAAUUUCCCACCCUUUUUCUUUCUCUCAUAGUUUUUUUUUCCUUUUCUUUCUCUACUUUCAUCAGUCAGUCGUCUUUAUAACUUCCCCGUUUUUUUUUCCUUCCUCUCGUUUCUUCUUUCUCUAUUUACCUCAGCCAGUCUCUCUUUUUCCCUUCUCUCUUUCUGAUUGUUACAAUCAUUCCGUUUUUUUUUUCUUUCUCUCGUCGAUUCUUUCUGUUUAUCUACUUACUCCAGUCAGUCUCGCUUUUGUCCAUCUCUCUCUUUGUCUCUUUCUGUCUCUCUUUUUCCCAUCUCUCUCUCUCUUCCUGGUUGUUGUAAUUCUCCCUCCUUGUUUUCGCUUUACUCGUCGUUACUUUUUGUUUCUCUACUUAUUUCAAUCAGUCUUCUUUUUUCUUAAUUCUAUCUUUUCUCUCUUCUGUUUGUCUUCUUUUUCUCGUUCUCAUCUUUCUCUCUUUUCUGUUUGUCAUAAUUUUCCUUUUCCUUCCUCGUCUGUUUCUUUUUUGUUUCUCUACUUAUUUCAAUCAGUCUCUUUUUUUCUUACCUCUUUUCUUUCUCUCUUUUCUGUUUGUCAUAAUUUUUCCUUUCUUCUUCUCGCGUCAUUCUUUUUGUUUCUCACUUGCUUUUCAAUCAGUGUCUCUUUUUCUCACCUCUAUCUUUCUCUUUUCUGUUUCAUCAUAAUUUUUCCUUUCUUCCUUCUCAUGUCAUUUCUUUUUUUCUCCUACUUAUUUCAAUCAGUCUCUCUUUUUCUUACCUCUAUCUUUCUCUCUUUCUGUUUUCUCUCUUUUUCUCACCUCUAUCUUUCUCUCUUUCUGUUUGUCAUAAUUUUCCUUUCUUCCUUCUCGCGUCAUUUCUUUUUGUUUCUCUACUUAUUUCAAUCAGUCUCUCUUUAUCUUACCUCUUCUGUUUGUCAUAAUUUUCCUUUCUUCCUUCCCCAUUUCUUUUGUUUCUCACUUAUUUCAAACGUCUCUUUUCUUCCUUUCUUCCCUUCUUUGGUCAUAAUUUUCCUUUCUUUUCUCGUCAUUUCUUUUUUGUUUCUCUACUUAUUUCUCAGUUUUCUUUUUUUACCUCUAUCUUUUUCUCUCUUUUCUGUUUUCUCUCUUUUCUUACUCUCAUCUUUCUCUUUUCUGUUUGUCAUAAUUUUCCUUUCUUCCUUCUCGACAUUUUUUACUUUUGUUUUCUCUACUUAUUUCAAUCAGUCUCUCUUUUUCUUACCUCUAUCUUUCUCUCUUUCUGUUUGUCAUAAUUUUCCUUUCUUCCUUCUCGCGUCAUUUCUUUUUGUUUCUCUACUUAUUUCAAUCAGUCUCUCUUUUUCUCACCUCUAUCUUUCUCUCUUUCUGUUUGUCAUAAUUUUCCUUUCUUCCUUCUCGCGUCAUUUUGUUUCUCUACUGACGUCUGCCACUCUCUCUUUUUCAUAUCUCUCCCUUUAUGUCUUUUUGUCUGUUACAAUUUCCUGA